GCGAGAUCAAAAUUCUAAUUUCUCAACAGCAAAGCGGAUAAAGCGAUUAAUAAAGGAGAGUAUUACUCCGACUUGUUUUCCUUUCGGAACGGGAAAAAUUUUCCUGCAACAAAUAGUUUAGCUUCUUUUUCUCUUAAAAUACCGGAGAAAAGGCGUGUAAGGCAUCUCCUUUCCUGUUCCCAUCAACUCACGCGCUUUCAAUUCUGCAUAAAUUCCUAGCGGAAGGUUUGGCUCUUUGUUCACUGUGUUCCUUCCCUCUGCAGAUAUGAGUGACCCUAAGUCUGCUUAUCCUUACCCUGCUCAACCUUACCCUGCUCAACCUUAUCCUGCUCAAGGGUAUUAUCAAGGACCCCCGGUAAUGGCACCUCCACAGUACGCAGCCCCACCACCCCGGCGAGAGCCGGGUUUCCUUGAAGGAUGUCUCGCGGCUUUGUGUUGCUGUUUCCUCAUUGACGAGUGUUGCUGUGACCCUUCAAUCGUCUUUGCCUGCUAGCUAUUAGU